GCUCCGACAGAGGCACUGGGGGAGGAGAGAGAGUCGCGUUGUGUGAGUGAGUAGAAGAAUAAAAAAAGUGUGGAGAAAGAGAGAGGUAGCCGUCUCGUUUCGGAAUUUAACAGAGAAGAAAUCAUUUUGGCCGCGAGAUGUCUAAUAACGACGAAGAUGCGGUCGAGGCGGAGUAAACGGCGACAGGACAGUUGAGUGAAAGUAGUUGUAAACAAGCGAAGGGACGAAGGGUUUGUUGGUUGUUCGGAGGAGUCGGGACGGCUGUACGCUUUUCCGCUACAACUUCUUCGGCGGAUUGAACGCUGUGUCUGGACAGCGAGGUCUCGGCCGUUUAACUCAGUGGAAACAACCUGUCGGUGGGCUGAGGACAGGGUUAGCGAGGGAAGAGGCACCCAGGCGGCAGAAACUUUAUUUGAGCUUCCUCGACGACUUAUUCUUCUUCAUUUGGAUCCAAAGGCUGAGACCAGACCGACUUUUUGUUCUCCAAGUCUCCGGAGGAAUUCUCCCGACACUCUUCGGAUCCUUGCCUGCAGUCUGACUUGAUCAAAACAAUGAAGACCCCCGGAGACACUGGUUUCGCCUUCCCAGACUGGGCCUACAAGCCCGAGUCGAGCCCCGGGUCCCGGCAGAUCCAGCUGUGGCACUUCAUCCUGGAGCUGCUGAGGAAGGAGGAGUACCACGACGUCAUUGCCUGGCAGGGCGACUACGGGGAGUUUGUCAUCAAGGACCCCGACGAGGUGGCCCGUCUCUGGGGGGCCCGCAAGUGCAAACCACAGAUGAACUACGACAAGCUGAGCCGUGCACUGAGGUACUAUUACAACAAGCGCAUCCUGCACAAGACCAAGGGCAAGCGCUUCACCUACAAGUUCAACUUCAACAAGCUGGUCCUGGUCAACUACCCCUUCAUCGACGUGGGCUCCGGAGGCAGCGCCGUCCCCCAGAGCGCCCCGCCCGUGCCCACCAGCGGCAGCUCCCACUUCCGCUUCCCCUCCACGCCCAGCGAGGUGCUGUCGCCCAAUGAGGAGCUGCGCAGCCCUGGGGGCGUGUUCGGGGCGGUAGCGCGCCGCAUGGGCCGCGGCUCCGUCAGCGACUGCAGCGACGGCACCUCCGUCAACUCGGAGAUCGAGGAGGGCAACGGGGGCGCGGCCGAGGAGCGCGGCGGGGAGAGGGGCCUGAGCGGGGGAGGGGGCGGAGGAGUGGGGUUCAGGGGCCUGAUCCACCCGCGCCUCUCCCACGAGUCCCUCCUCCGCAUGUACGGAGCGGGGAACCCCGCCGGCCACCACGGCUCCCGGGGCCCGCACAGGGGCCACCAGGAGCCCAUCUCCCCCUUCCCCGUGUCGCCGCUGCCGGGGCCCGGGGGCUCCGGCCUGCUGGCCCCGCCCCUCUCCCCGGCGCUCUCCAUGACCCCCUCCUCCCACCUGCCCUACACCCCCUCCCCCACCCUGUCGCCCAUGCUGGGCUCCCACUUCUCCUUCAACCCCGAGGACAUGAAGCGCUACCUGCAGGCCCACACCCAGUCGGUGUACAACUACCACCUGAGCCCCCGCGCCUUCCUGCACUACCCCAACAUCGUCAUCCCCCAGCCCCACCGGCCCAGCGCGGACAAGGCCGCCGAGAGGGAGAGGGAGAGGGGGGGAGGACUGGGCGAGAGGGGCGAGCGAGCAGCCGCAUUGGCCGGAGGCGAGAGGGAGCGAGAGAGGGAGCGAGACAGAGAGCGCCACCCGCAGCACCCGUCUCUGGCGCACGUGGCCCUCCAUCACCACCACCACCACCCCCACCAUCACCCGCCGCACUCGGCCCACCCGCACCCCCACCCGCACUCCCACCCCACGCACCACCCGCUGCACCUGGGGGAGGAGGCGGCGCACAUGUCCCCCUUCAAGUUCAAGCUGCAGCCGCCGCCGCUGGGCCGCAAGCAGCGCGGGGACGGCCAGGGGUCCGGCCGGCAGGGCUCCAUGUCCUCCGCCUCCGGGACCUCCACGUCGGGCAUGGGCUCCUCGCUGUCCUUCGGCAGCGACCUCAGCUCGGCCGGCGGCUCGGGCCUCGUGUCGAACUCCUCGUCCACGCAGUCGCUCAACAGCGCCGGGCUGCCCAAGAUCAAGGUGGAGCCCAUCUCAGACAUCGAGUCAGAGGAGGAGGUGGAGGUGACGGACAUCAGCGAGGAGGACCCCGACGAGGACUAUGAGCUCUUCUCCGCCCGCCAUGUCCGGGGCGGCCCCGCCCACCAGCACCCCCACCGCCUCAACCACACCCACCCCCACCUCGCCAACGGCAGCGCCCUGCACCACCACCACGACCACCCCGACGACGACCUGGACGAGGACGUGUUCAAGGCGCCGGCCCCGCCCCCGCCCGGCCUCUCGCCCUUCGCCGUGUCGCCGCACCGCGCGCCCGCCCCCUUCACCCCCAGCGCCAUCGCCCCCGUCACGGCGGCGGCCAUCAAGAGCGAGCCGGCCGAUUCCCCGCCGCCCACCCAGUGCAUCCCGCUGAAGCUGCGCUUCAAGCGGCGCUGGAGCGAGGACCAGCGCAUGGAGACCUCGUCCCAAGAGGAGUCGGACGACAAGAAGGUGCGCGCCGAGCAGGAGAGGCAGCGGAACGGCGCCCGGUUGGAUACCAAGGAGGAGGAGGACAGCGGCCGGAGGCGGAGGGAAGGAGGAGGAGGAGGAGGAGGAGGAGGAGGGGGGGAGGACGCAGACAGCCCGCCCCCCCUGGUGUACGAGGGGUCUCUGGCCCCGCCCCCGCUGCUGGCGUCCCACCGGAGGGUGAGCGCCGAACUGCACCGCGCCACGGCCCAGCUCUCCCUGGAGAACAAGACCUGCUGAUGGGACACACACACACACACACACACACACACACACACACACACAGCCCCAACACUAAUGUCCCGGGACCACUGCUGAACCCCUGAGACUCCUUCACACACACGCACACUCCUCACACAC